CUGUCUUGAACUUGACACAGACUGAGCUGGAUUUUAAACAUAGCAGUUUGGACCAAAAGCGAACACCUAAAAGGAUAACAUGAGGUGACAUUUAAUGAUCUAUCUUUUAUUUUUCUCAUGAUGUUUGUCUUGUUCCUGUUUGUGAUCUUCACAAAACUCUUCAUCAACUGCAAUUAUUUGGUGAACUACUGAGCCAUGAGCGUCCCGAUUGCACUUACUCUUCUUGUGCUGUGUGCGGCCAAAGUCCAUUGUGGUCAGGAGAGUCCAGUAUGUCCUCGGAAAGAAUCCUAUCCUGGUGUGCUGGCCUUGAAAGUGGGGUCAGAGGUCAUCCUGGGUUGCAGGGGCGAUGUCACUGUGGAUAGCAUGCCAUUAGUAAUGAGUACAAAACACAAAGAGAGACUCGAGAGAAGAGGAGAUGUAACUAGCCAUUGGACAACCCAAAAAGCCAGAGAGAGUCCUGGUACUAUUGGAAUACACCAAAUUGAGAACUUUGCCACGACUGGAAAAUUUAAAAUUAAAACUGCAACUGGAAUAUAUGCUAAAGUCAGUGAAUCUUUAACCACUGCUAACCCGGCUAUGAGCUCAGCAAAGGAGCAAAUGGGAAGUGGGCAAGUUUUGCCUGCUGUCAAUCAAUCCACUAAACCCAACAGUGUGAGCAGAGUUACAGAAGAAGGAGGGGUUUUUAGUGUAACCAUGGAAAUGGGGUUGAGCAUUGAGAGAGGCACCAGCAUAGAAUAUGAAGAAGAAGAGGACUAUGAAGAGAAGGUGGAAGGAUUGAGAGUGACCAGGUCCAUUAAGAGGCAGGCACGAUGGACUUGGAAUGGUCAGCUCAUGCGAGGCGCUAUGGAAAAUGGCGGGGCUUUAAGACUUCCUGCUCUUCGGUUGACUGACUCAGGGAACUACAGCUGCUAUAGGAGAGGCAAACUAGUUUCAUCUGUUAAAAUCAGUGUUGGCAGCCCUCCAGAGAACCCUACCCUGUCAUGCUACAAGAAAUCCCACAUCAGCAAAAUCCGGUGUGAGUGGAUAUCUAGACAGCCCAUCAUCCCACAGCCUCAGUGUUACCUGCUCCUCAGGAAAGGAUUGGAGAAGAUCUCCCGUGUGAAUUGUUCGUACUCUGCUACGCGCUCCCGCUGCUGGUGUGUGUUGCCCAGUGAAGGGAGUGACAGAAAAUCCUAUACUGCUAAACUGUGCGUGACUAACACAGCAGGCAAUGCCACAAGCUCUCCAUAUAACUACAUUCCUCAAAACAUCAUUAAGCCAGAUCCUCCAGCUCGAGUUGUAGUAAAGCCAGUCAUGGGUGAGCCUCACACACUGAAAGUCUCCUGGUCUUUACCUGCCACCUGGAGGCAGAGCUUUUACUACAUCCUUCACUUCCAACUGAGAUAUCGUCCUCUAAAUGCCAAAGAGUAUCAGCAGGUGGACAUAGACGAUACAGAGCUCUUAUGGUUGAUUUCAGACGCUCUGCCACACAUUCAGUACGAGAUUCAGAUUCGAGCAAAAGAUGAGUAUGACGGGCAGUGGAGUGACUGGACCAGUCCUGUGCAUGCAUACACAUGGACAGCUCCUGAAACCACUGUUGCCCCUGACAUUAAUACCAGUCUGGGGGUGGUUUGGACAUUUCCUGAAGGUUCUGGGGGGUCAGAAGAUGGAGAAGUGGAGAUUAGGCCUGCUGAUGACAGUGAUGGUGUAAUGUGGGUGUAUGUGCUGUGGGUGGUGGGAGUCUGCCUUCUUAUCACCAUCAUUGUGCUCUCCGUCUGCUCUCUCAGACACAGAAUGCCAUUCAUGCCUAAAAAGAGCAAGGAGAGUGUCUCUUCGGCCUGCUCUUGUUCCUCUCCUUCUCCUCUUCUUCAGCAGCCCCUGAUGAUUCAGAAGAGCAAUCAUCAGGAAGGGGAAGGGGAAGGCAUCCACUUACACAAUGUGGACUACUUUUUUCCUCCCUGUGAAACUUAUAGGUCUUGAGCAAACAAGCUGUUACAGUGCCAAGGCCAGUGUUCUAUGAAAACACACACACCAAACACCCGCCCCCCCCCCCCCCCCCCCCCACACACACACACACACACAAAACACACACACACACACACAUUUGUCUUACUAAAUGUCCAUUGAUAUCAUUUUUAAUACAGCUAAUUAAUGCUAUGUCUACACCUAAACCAAUUCCGAAUAUUGACCUCAUCUAACAAAAGGAAAUCUUUUGGAUCUUUUUUUUUUUUAUUAAAAGAUGCAGUAUUAAAAAAACACCCACAAGGUCAAAACAGCAACAUAUUCCUAUCCAUGUGGGGUCAUUUGGUCCCAACCAAGAUAUAAAAACAUGACCAUCCCCCCAACACCACACACUUUCCAUAUCUCUCUCUCUCUCUCUCUCUCUCUCUCUCAGGGCCAGUUUAGCGCUGACUGUUUAUUUAGCUGCUAUAGUAUGCUGAGAUUCAGACCACUCACCUGUGACUUGUUAAAAUUCUACUGUUGUCUUAUGUACAUAAUUUUUUUGUCUGUAAGCACCCUUCUUUCCCAGCAUAACCCCAUUAAGGUUUUGCUCAUUAUCUGUACAUUUGGAUUUGAUGUGUUUAGCUUAAUAAAGAGUGCCUUAUUUUUGUGACAUAGCAGUAAA